AUUCUAAAAAGGUUUUUGUUGUGACCAGUUUGACAAAAUAUGAUUAAAGGUGACUUCAGGAGAGACAAGUUCAAUUCUUUGAGAGUCUAUUUACACAUAAACUGAUCCAUACCUGUAAUCCCUGCACACUGAUAACAGAGUUGUUAUCUUAAUUAGUAUCAGCACCAUGGCUGAGUGCUAUUCAAACUCUGUUCUUCAUCAAGCUGCCUCAGAUCGUCAGCGAGUGCAGCAGCUCUCAGAGCGCUUCGAGUGGAGAACCUGAGGGGUUCUUUGCUCUCUGCCUGUCAUUUACACCAGCAAAAAAAAAGUGCAGAAGAACUUUCAUAGCUUUUUACCUCUUUUUAGUGUGUUGUCUAUUGCUAUUUCAAAAUGGACAUUACUUAUAAUGAGAUGCAGGUGCUUAGCAGGAGCCUUUCUUUCAGACUGUUUCUGGAAGCUUUGUGUCUUAUUGUUUUGCUUGCUUUAGGUCCUGGCUGACGCCGUCUCUCGUUUGGUUGUCGAAAAGUUCAGUGAACUAACUGAUAACUUCACAUCUCCACAUGCUCGAAGGAAAGUCUUGGCAGGUGUUGUCAUGACAGCAGGUUCAGAUGUAAAGGAGGCACAGGUUGUCUGUGUAUCCACAGGGACAAAGUGCAUCAAUGGUGAAUACAUGAGCGACAGAGGACUAGCCCUGAAUGACUGCCAUGCUGAAAUUAUAGCUCGGCGCUCUCUCAUCAGGUUCCUGUACUCCCAACUGGAACACUUUCUCAGUCCUAAGGAAGAAGAUCAUCACAAAUCUAUCUUCACCUGCUGUGACAACAAACAAGGUUUCAGACUGAGUGAAAAUGUCCAGUUCCACCUGUACAUCAGCACCUCCCCCUGCGGCGACGCCCGCAUCUUUUCACCUCACGAAGCUGCUGUAGAAGAUCAGAGCGACAGACACCCUAACAGGAAGGCCCGCGGGCAGCUCCGGACUAAGAUUGAGUCUGGUGAAGGAACCAUCCCAGUGCGCUCUGGUAGCACCAUUCAGACAUGGGACGGGGUUCUUCAGGGUGAGAGGCUGCUCACCAUGUCCUGCAGCGACAAGAUUGCCAGGUGGAAUGUGGUUGGAUUCCAAGGCUCUUUGAUGACCUACUUCACUCAGCCCAUCUACUUCUCCAGCAUCAUCCUGGGCAGCUUGUACCAUGCGGACCAUCUGUCCAGAGCCAUGUACCAGAGACUUACUGAGAUGGAGGUGCUACCGCCACCUUUCAGCCUGAACAAGCCUCUGCUCAGUGGAAUUAGUAACACAGAGGCUCGUCAGCCUGGAAAAGCCCCAAAUUUCAGCGUGAACUGGACCAUCGGAGACCAGGGUUUGGAGGUGAUUAACGCCACCACAGGGAAGGAUGACCUGGGCCGACCCUCGAGACUCUGCAAGCAUGCUCUGUACACCCGUUGGAUUGACUUGCACAGCAAGCUGUCCUCCACCCUGCGUAUUCAAACACUGGAGCCCAGGAGCUACCAUGAAGCUAAGCAGGCCGCAGCGCAGUACCACUCUGCCAAGCAGACUCUCUUCAGAGCCUUCCUCCAGGCUGGACUGGGAGCCUGGGUUAAGAAACCUGUAGAGCAGGACCAGUUCUCUUUCAGCAACUGUGUGUGAGCUGGUCAUGGUUCUUAGGUGGAGAAGUAUGUUCCCUAUUGAUUUUCUAUAGACUGUACUCUUAAAUUAUUACAUUUGUCAUUAUUAGUAUGUUCAAUGGGAGAUAGAAUAGAGGGAAAUCACAAAAUAUGAUGCAGUCUGCAGAAACAGAAUGUAGCUCUGUUCUGCUGCAUAUUUGACUGCAUAUCCACCCUCAGUAGGAUGCAGCUUCACAUUUAAGGUAACGACAGGACAGUGGAACCAUGAAUUUGAAGAAAGUAAUAAAAAGUCUUUCUCUGAUUUAACAUUUAACAAGUAGAAAUAGUUUUGGUAAUCUUAACUGACCUUAAACAGGGGAAAAAAAUAUCCAGUUUCACAUCAGAAAUAGAGAAAAUAAUGGCUAUGUGUAUUUUUAUAUGGUGGAUGAUUGGUUCCAGUUGUGUGCAAGGCAGAUGGAAAUCCUGUAAACUUAAUUUCAUGACAGUGAAUUAUGAUGUCUUAUCAUUGACUGAAGUCUAUUUUAGGCUAAUCAACAUCACAUGAAUCUUAGUUUACAUGGUUAUGAUUAUUAUUUGAUGUAAACUAAAUUUUAAUGUUAAAUAUGUCUUCAUGGUGGUGGACAAACUCCUAGACUGGCUCAAAUAUACAAUAAAAAUAAGUUCAGUUGAAGUGUUUAUUUGAUGACCCAUUCAGAUCUAGUUAUCAAGGUGAUGUGAUUUUCACAGGCUUAAAAAACUGUUUGUUUCACAAAACCAGUGAUCAGCUCAGAUGGAAAGUAGUACACAUGCAGACAAAUGGAAGAAUUCUAAAUGAUCUACAGGGAGUUAGAACAAGGCCAUGUGGAUUAACAGGAGGAGUUUAGAUCCAGUGGGAACAUGAGGUCUUCUGCUCACACUGUCAUCUAGAGGCUCUAAUCAAAGAUUUGUUAUCCAUGUUUCACCUCCAGCUUUUGCAAUGCUUUGACCGGACAGUACUGAUCUUAACCAGAAAUGUAGAGUCCUCUGUAAGAACUGUAAUUAUAUAUAAUUUUCUUUCAGCCUUCCUAGCAGUCAUCAAGGAUUUACUUCAGAAGCCAAGGUGACAUCACAAUGUGCAUGAUAAUAGUAGUUACUGGAAAAUCAUGCUUAAUGACUUCAGAACAGACUAACUGUUUAAAUUGACAUUUAAAGUUUCACUUGGCAUUUUAUGUUAGCAAUCUGUGCCACUUUCAUGGUAAACAGCAGGGCCAUGUUUAUUCCCUACUGAAUGUAGAUCCUUUAGCUCUGAGAUUAGGUAAAGGUGCCAACAUGUCUAAAGGUCAUAAAAUGGCAAAUGAGCUAUCUCAUACUUUAUUUAAAUUAUUGCUCCUUAUUAGCCCCUUUACAGUUUUACGGUAACAUUUGGGUAGAAAUUUUAUUAGCAUGGACCAAACAUUUUAAAAUAUUUCUUUUGAUUGAAGUCUUUAUGUAUGUCUGUUUUAAUGUUUAACUUAAUUUACAAACUCACCAAAAGUGAUGCCAGGAUAAUUACCUGAAGAAUCCUCAUUUCCCUUGUUUUUAUUAGUGUUUUCUGCCUUUAAUAAUAAUUUGUGAAACUUUUUAUAUGUGAUGCGGAUUUCAAUGUAGUGUGAUCUACCCCCUAAAACAUUAAAAGAUGGAAUAAAAAAAUGUUGUAUUUCCUUGAGCAUGUUUUACUUUGUAUUUGCCUUUGCGGGACAUAUUAUAUCUAUGAAUUAAUUCCUAUUUGAUAUUUAAUAUAUUUAAGCCCUUUAUCCCCUUGCUUCUAACUAGGUUCUACAAAAGNCCGANUGUCUUUUGUAGAUAUGAGCUGGAUAUUUGCACAAACUCAUUCACUUUAAUGGCAUUCUUGCUUGGCAGGGUGACAUGUUUCUGACUGUAGCAAAGUGCAUUGGAGUGGGUGAAUGAAGAACAAUGACUAUCUGUGUGUCAGUUCUUCAUUAGCAGAAAUGAUAUCUCUAUUUCCUCAGAACCUACAUUUGUGGAUGAGUGAGAAAACUUUAUUGCUGAUUGUUUUCUCAGUGACAUGAUAAAGUCCAACUGUGAGGCACAAUGCAUGAGCUCUACAGGUAAAACAUAAAAGAAUAUGUAAAACCUGACAAAAUAUUUAA